CAGCAUUUCCUGAUCUCCUGAAGUGGUCUCCGACCCUUCGCCUUGCGUUGUGACGCUUUCGUAACGUGGGGUUUCCCGGAGCUGAAUGCAGGGUUACCGCGCCCAUCUGUGCUGUUUGAUGGCCGGAGGAAGAAGCCACUGAGAUCCAGGCUGAAGGGACGAACCGGGCCGCCAGCGGUUGGAAGACGACGCGGGACGCUCGCUGGGAAGUGGAAUUUGCGCGGAGAACCUGGAACGCUUCAGCGGGACUCUUGACGCGUCUGCCGGGCUGAACACCGCCGCUCUCUGCGCCUGUGCUUCCCCCCUAAGCGGGUCGAAAACUGGGUUUGGGGAGUGCCGCUCCUCGGUGAUUAAACCCCAUCGUUGUGAUCGCCGGGCUGCUGGUUGAACGACCACCGUAGUUGUUUCCGGUCAAUGUGAAGCAAACACCGGCAAGCUUCGUCUGACAGUCGAACAGCAAGAGCCAGGCGGCGGAGUGAAGGACACCAUUAGCAGAGGAAAAUGAGUGAACUGGAUCAGCUACGCCAGGAGGCCGAGCAGCUGAAGAACCAGAUCAGAGAUGCCAGGAAAGCGUGUGCAGAUGCCACCUUGUCUCAGAUCACAGCUAACAUUGAUCCGGUCGGGCGGAUCCAAAUGCGUACCAGACGGACGCUGAGGGGGCACCUGGCUAAAAUCUACGCCAUGCACUGGGGCACGGACUCCAGGCUCCUGGUCAGCGCCUCUCAGGAUGGAAAGCUCAUCAUCUGGGACAGCUACACCACGAACAAGGUCCACGCCAUCCCGCUGCGCUCCUCCUGGGUGAUGACAUGUGCGUACGCCCCCUCUGGGAACUAUGUUGCCUGUGGCGGCCUGGACAACAUCUGCUCCAUCUACAACCUGAAAACCCGUGAAGGAAACGUGCGCGUCAGCCGGGAGCUGGCAGGACACACAGGUUACCUGUCCUGCUGUCGCUUCCUGGAUGAUAACCAGAUUGUCACCAGCUCUGGAGACACCACCUGUGCUCUGUGGGACAUUGAGACCGGUCAGCAGACGACCACCUUCGCUGGCCACACCGGAGACGUGAUGAGCCUGUCCCUGGCUCCCGACACCAGACUGUUCGUGUCCGGAGCCUGUGAUGCCUCCGCCAAGCUGUGGGACAUCAGAGAAGGAAUGUGCCGACAGACCUUCACUGGCCACGAGUCCGACAUCAACGCCAUUUGUUUCUUCCCCAAUGGUAACGCCUUCGCCACUGGCUCAGACGACGCCACCUGCAGGCUGUUCGACCUGCGCGCCGACCAGGAGCUGAUGGUCUACUCCCACGAUAACAUCAUCUGUGGCAUCACCUCCGUGGCGUUCUCCAAGAGCGGCCGUUUACUGCUGGCAGGCUACGACGACUUCAACUGCAAUGUGUGGGACACGCUGAAGGCCGACCGUGCAGGCGUCCUGGCCGGUCACGAUAACCGGGUCAGCUGCUUGGGCGUGACCGAUGACGGCAUGGCCGUGGCUACAGGGUCCUGGGACAGCUUCCUGAAGAUCUGGAACUAGAGGCUGCCGGCACCCGGACUCCAAAACUGCGUGAAAGACCAUUCCAACAUCAUAAUGUUUAAUUUCAUUGCAUAUCCAAUCUUUUUGAAAAGCAUCAUGAUACUGACUCCAACCCCCCCAGAAACCAUCAACAGCAGACCCCCCCCUUUAAAAGAGCACAAAUGUCUGUCAGUCAUUCAGUUCAACCAAGGAGGAAAACAAAACGUGUAGGGUUUUAGUAGUUUUGAGGUGGACCGGGGGGGCGAUUGUGCGUUCUCCAACCCCCCAAUCUGGUGUUGUCACAGUAAAAAUACGACCCCCACCACCAUCACAGAGCAAAGGCCUCCUGUCUGUCUGAACGUCUGGACCAGGAUCUUCAUCUUCUCUGGAUCUUGCAGAUGUUUGGGACGAAGGUCCAGCUCUGCCCCCCCGGAGGAGAAUCUUUGUUUGCACAAAUAAACUCUGCAUAUAUAGAAACGUGUCUAAAGGAAAACUAACAAAGCACACGCGGUUUCUGAAGACCCAGCUCCUUUAUGUUAACUCCAUGAAGACCCGCGCCAGCCCCCCCGCUUUCCUCUUGGUUCUGCUGCCGGUAGUCGGGCCGCUGGCGCGAUUAAGUCGGGUAGGGGUUACCUCUGCUUCAGACCUGGCUGGUUUCUGGUGACAGGUGGCCGUUCCGUGCUUGGAAAUGCAGUUACUACUCUGUGAAUGACAUGUUGUAUAAAUCAAUGUUUGAAAAUAAUAUUGAAACUUUUUAAGUUAAAAAGGAAAAAAAAGAUUUUGGUUGUCUGCCAUGGGUGGGUUAUCUCUUAGAAUCGCAUGCUGUAGAAUUGCUUCAAAGGUGCAUAUGGAAUUAAGUCUUUUUUGAUGUUUUCUUUAAGAAAAUAACCUGUUGAAUAUAUCAAUACGACCGUAUUUAUAUAUUUUUUCUUUUUUUUUCUUUUUUUUUUCUUUUUUUUUGCUACUCUGUGCAUACGUGAUUCAACUGUUAAAGCUAUGCACCGGAGGAGCAAACCCUGCAACAGUAACAGUUCCGUGGUCCAUGCUGGGGGGCAUCCACAGGUUAGGAAGUGAACUUUCAUUUUGUCACCGAGACGAGAGCCAUCAGAUGGAACCCAACCAGUGGUCAUUCCUUCUGUAGCAAACAACCCUUCUCCUGCAGUACAGCCUGCAGCUCCACAGCUGGAAUCUUCUGGAAACUUUCUUUAGCAGUAGUGACACUUCCACGUUUUCUUUCUCUGCAACAUUCUGUACAAAUGUGCUGUAAUUGUGCGUUAGGCCUGGAGUUGGCAACAAUAAAAAGAUUAAACAUUUAUUAAAUUCCCUUUUUUCCUCUUCUCCAUCCAAUAACUGUAGAACUCUCCACACACCCCCCCCCCCCCGACACCUUUUGUAUUUAAUUUUAAAGUCAGUCAGUGUACAACCGAAAGCUGGAUGCAAGAUAGAACCUAUAUUAAAAUGUACUGUUAUUUAAGACGUAAUAAAGAGCAGUUUGAGAUGAUCUCCUGUGUUGAGUGUGAUUCACUUAGAUCCACUGAAGCUAGAAUGUUGCAGACUGUUUGCUUUCCUGUAAUUAUGUUCAAGUCCAAUAAACAAUUUCUAUCCACUGUUGAA